AUGAAAGCGUAUCUGAAGAGUGCAGACGGCUUUUUUGUCCUAAAUAAAAGUACUACAAUCGGAAAGCAUGAAGACUCAGACCUCGUCCUGCAGUCCCCCGACAUCGACAACCACCACGCUCUCAUCGAGUUCAACGAGGCCGAAGGCAGCUUUGUGCUGCAGGACUUCAAUUCCCGCAACGGCACCUUUGUCAAUGAGUGUCACAUCCAGAACGUGGCCGUGAAGCUGAUCCCCGGGGACAUCCUGAGGUUUGGGUCCGCUGGGCUGACCUAUGAGCUGGUCAUCGAGAACCCACCCCAGGCCUCCUUCCCGUGGGCGAGGGGCCCAACACCUUGGACAAGGCCGCAGCCGUGUCGGUCCUCGCCACAGCAGAACCACUCACCCUCGUCGACACAUAUCCCCUUCCAUCCGGGCGUCCAGCCAGCCUAUGUGCAAAGGAGCUGGUCCCAGGGCUUCCCUCGGCCAACCAUGGUCCCCCCAGGUCCCCACGGGAGGCCCAUGAGUGCCAGCGGGAAGAUGUUCUCAUUCGUGAUGGGCCCUACAUCUCCCAUCAUCAAACAAGUGUGGACCAGUGCCAUGGAGUUUUCAGAGCAAUCUAUGGCCGAUGGGAUCCCGGGGGCCAUGCCUGCCGCGGAGCUCUUUGUGGACCAGGACCUGGGCCAGCAGGACAAGGAUGAACUCAUCCUGCUCCUGGGCAAAGAGGUCAACCGUCUCUCGGACUUUGAAAUCGAGGCCAAGUACAAAGACGCCGUGAUCGCCAACCUGCAGAACGAGGUGGCCAUGCUUAGCCAGAGACUGUCCGAGGUAGCCGCCUGCAGGCCGCGCGAAAGGCACAGCGCACACCAGCUCCAGGUGCUGGAUGACGACCUGGAGGCCAAGAACAAGGAGAUUGAGAGUCUGAAAAGCCAGAUCAGUGCCCUGCAGAAGGGCUAUAGCCAGGUGCUGUGCCAGACCUUGUCUGAGCGGAACUCGGAAAUCGCGUCCCUGAAGAACGAGGGUGAGAACCUCAGAAAGGACCACGCUACUGCCUCCGGGAUGCUGUCAUCUUUGCAAAAAGACAUGUUGGCAAGGGAUGAGCAAGUUCAGCAGUUGCAAGAACAGGUGACUGAGCUGAAAAGCAAGAACAAAGAGAAGGAUGACCAGCUCGAAGCCCUGGGCUCCAAGUGCUCGGCCCUGAAAGAAGAGCUAAAGAAGGGAGAUGCUGAGAAGGACCUGAGGGACGCCCAGGAGAAAGAGCUGAGCACCUGCAAAGCUCAAAUCCAAGACAUGGAGAAGGAAAUCAAGAAGCUGAGGGAGGCGCUGAGGAAGAGCAGCACAGAGCAGACCGUCAUCUCCAAGAUGCUGCGUGAAAAGAGCAAGGUCGAAGAGCUUCAAGAGGACUCCAGAAGGAAAUUGCGUCAGCUGCAAGAAAUGGGGAACAGAGAGAGCCUCAUUAAAACCAAUUUGGAGAGGGCAGUAGGUCAGCUGGAGCAUUUCAGAAGUCAGAUCAUCAAGGCCACCUACGGACGCGUGAAGCCCUUCCAGGACAAGCCGGUCACCGACCAGCAGCUAAUAGAGAAGAUCGCCCAGGUCACAGAGGACAACAUGAACUUUCAGCAGAAGCGCUGGAACCUGCAGAAGGAGACACAGCUCAGUCACUCCAGGCAGGAGGAGACGGCGAAGAAUGUGGAGAAGCUGAAGGCGUCGCUGGACGGCUGCCAGGCUUGUAUGAAAGCAUCCUGCUGCAGCAGCGACCUGAAGAAGGAGGUGGCCCUGCUGCAGCAGCUGCAGGUGAGCCCGCCUGUGUCGGGGCUCCAGAAGGUGACACGGGACAUCCUGGGCCUGUCGCUGUCCUGGCUGGAGGAGACGGAACAGCUCCUCAGGGAUCUCGGCAUCCAGCCACCCAGCUCCGACAAAGGGUUCUCUCUGUAUCUGAUCUAUCUUCUGGAACAUUAUAAAAAGAUUAUGAACCAGACACAGGAACUUCAGGUCAAGUUCAAGAGUUCUCAAGAAACGCAGCAGUGUGUGCUGCAAGAGAAGCUGCGGGAGCAUCUGGCGGAGAAGGAGAAGCUGAAUGCGGAGAGGCAAGAGCAGGAGAAGAGGCUGAGAGCCAGGAUCCAGCGGCUGACAGAGGAGAAGGCGGCUCUGGAGGAGAGCAUGGCUCAGGAGAAGAGCAGAGCAAAGGAGAUCCUGGAAGAGGAGCAGAUGCGAGUCCAGGAGCUGGAGACCCGCUUGGCCCGUCAGAAGGAGGCUCUGGAGGAGAGCAUGGCUCAGGAGAAGAGCAGAGCAAAGGAGAUCCUGGAAGAGGAGCAGAUGCGAGUCCAGGAGCUGGAGACCCGCUUGGCCCACCAGAAGGAGGUCUCCGAGAACAGCAUGGCCCACGAGAAGAGGAAAGCAAAGGAAGCCUUAGAGACCGAGAAGAGGAAAGUUCAAGACCUGGAGAAUCAAUUGACCCAGCAGAAGGAGAUCUCGGAGAACAGUGUGGCCCACGAGAGGCAGAAAGCGAAGGAGACCUUGGAGAAGGAGAAGAGGAAGGUGCAGGAUCUGGAGAAUCACUUAACCAAGCAGAAAGAGGAACUACAGUUGAAAGGGAAGAACGAGGAAAUUCUCAACAACAAGCUGAAGGACGCGCUGGCCAUGGUGGAGGAGACUCAGAAGGCCAAGCUGGCUGAGACGCUCAAAGCCGAGAGCCUCGGCACAAAGCUGAGCGAGACAUUAGCUGAGCUGGAGGCCGCCAAGACCAAAAUGGUCAUGAUGGAGGAGCGGACACUGCUGCUGCAGCAGGCAGUGAAGACCCUCCAGGACGAGCGGGAGGCCCAGAAGCAUGGAUUCGAAGAAGAAAUCAUGGAAUACAAAGAACAGAUCAAGCAGCACUCACGGACGAUCGUGAGUCUGGAGGAGAGACUCCAGAAGGUGACCCAACAGCACAAAGAGAUAGAGGAGGAGAUUGGCUCGCUGAAGGAGAGGGGCGCAGCUCAUAAGGAAACCGUGGCACAAGAGCCUUCAGUGGCCCCUUCCCCGGACAUGGGCACCAAAGAGAUGGCAUGCGAUCACCUGAUAGAGGAGCUGCUGACCGCCCAGAAGGAAAUCCUGUCCCAGCAGGAGGUCAUCAUGAAGCUGAGAAAAGACCUGAACGGCGCCCACAGCCGGAUGUCAGACCUGAGAGGGGAGCUCAGCGAGAAGCAGAAGGCAGAGCUGGAACGGCACCUGGAGCUGGUGCAGCAACAGAGCGAUGAACUGGGCAUGCUCAAGAACAAGGUGGCACAGCUGAGCAGCGUGCUGGAGAAGAAGGACCGGGAGCUGAAGUCCCUCAAGGAGGCAUUCCGGACUUCCCAAGAGAAGCACAAACUCCAGCUGAGCCUGGAGAAAGAACAGAAGCUCAGGAACGCGACCAGGAAGCGGGACAUCUCCGUGCAGAUCGAGCCACUCCAACCCGACACGCUGUCCAGCAGCCAGGAGGAGCAGUCCUUCAGCGAUCUGGGGGUCAAGUGCAAGGGGUCCCGCCACGAGGAGAUCAUCCAACGUCAGAGAAAGGCCUUAUCGGAACUGCGUACCCGCAUCAAGGAGCUCGAGAAAGCCUGCUCGACCAGUCAUAAAGAGUGCCUGCAUGAGCCAUUUCUAGAAGUAAAGACUCUCGGGGUGGAAAAAAGUGUCCAGAAAAUAUUACUGGAUGCAAAACCCAAUUUGCCAACCCUCUCGAGGAUUGAGCUGCGGCCGUCUCAUCAUGACCUUUCCAACUCAGAGUCCAGCUUAGCCAUGGAGAAGUUGAGCAAAAUAGAUAUGGCCGAGGCUUUGGACCUCAGCGAGAAGCUGUACCUGGAUAUGAGCAAGACCCUGGGGAGUCUGAUGAAUAUCAAGGACAUGUCAGGUCAUGUGUCCAUGAAGCACCUGUCUGCCAAAGAAAGGGACAAAGUCCACCAGCUUCGACAGAGGGACCUCGAUCUGGUGUUUGAUAAAAUCGCCCAGCUCAAGAACCGGCUUGAGAGAAAGGAGGAGCUUCUGAGAGGAUAUGAGAAAGACAUUGACCAGCUCAGGCAGAGCAAAGUGUCCAUCCAGAUGCACCAGUCGCAGGUGGCAAAGCUGGAGGAUGACAUCUACCGAGAGGCCGAGGAGAAGGCGCUUCUGAAGGAGGCCCUGGAGCGCACGGAGCAGCAGCUGAACCAGGAGAAGAGGAUCAACAGGGCCAUGAGGCAGCAGAAGGGCGCGCCUCCUCUGCCCUCCGCGGCUGCAAUCGCUCCCGCACUGAGCUCGGCGCGCAGGAUGGCGCUGCGCGCGGCCCCCAGCCCGGCGGGCGACCGGAGCCUGCGGGCUCGCCAUCCCCGCACCCCGGACCCGCGGUGA